UUUUCGUCACGUUUCCAGGGAGUGCUUAUGUGUUCUGUGAAAUGAGAGAAGGAUUUAUUUCAUCGGCUGGUGUAGUUACGAUUAAUCCCGCGACGCGGAGAACGACGGUCUUCGUCAUCUUCGAAGUGGCUGUCAUCUUUUAUUUGAUACGCCUCAGCCACGACACUCAUAGUUCUGCACUAAAAUCUACUGCGUUUUUCAACGUCUUCGUCUGUUUUUGCCUAAUCGUCAAGAUAAUCGGAGAAUGUGUGCCACAUUUUACUCCGAACCCAAAGUUUUCCUACGGUUACGACCGUCUUGAAGUGAUCGUUGUGUUCAGUUCUGUCAUCCUGUGCAUCUUGGGAUCAGUUUUCAUCGUGAAAGAGGGCAUUGAAGCAUUUUUCCAUGUUCAUCACGCCGUGACAUCGACUGGAGGGGGAAGGCUAUUCGUUGGUGCGUGCGUAGGAUUUUUUUCCCAAGUUUUUGGGAUCCUCGGCGCACGAUGCAGAACGCUUACGCAUGUUUUUGAUUCCUGCAACACGAGUUGGUUUCAAGAAAUAUUCAUUGGCAUGGGAAGGCGGCUGGUUAAAUUUAGCCCAGCUCUUGGUGGCAGGUUGAGGAAAGUGACGAGGAUCAAUCCGUGUUACCUGGUGUCGUUCUCCAAUUUCUGUUCCAUUGGAUUCUUGGAAUCCAUGGUUCCCACGUCGCAAUUUAGGAUUGUCGAUUUGGCUGUGUCUCUGUGGACCGCUGUCCUGAUCUCGUCCACAAUGUUACCGUUUGUUGUGUUCACCGCCAAAAUCUUGAUGCAGUUCCCUCCGGAACAUUCGAGCCCUGCCUUGGAAGUUGCCCUCUUGGAAAUCCUGACAGCAGUGGACGGAGUUCUCGAGUGUCAAGAUGAACGAUUUUGGCAAAUCGGGUUUCCUACCUCGUUGGGCGGCCGUUGUGUUGCCGGCGCGUUGAGAGUUCGGGCGCGUCGAGAUGCGAAUGAAGCCGUGAUUAUUCGCGAUGUUACUUUGCGACUUUCGCACCUGGUGAGUAACUUAACGGUGCACGUAUUCAAAGAUGAUUGGUUGUACCGGCCGGCGAUUGGAAAUUCGCUCAUGAUUCCGUUCACGGAGGAUGUGAAGAGUUUGCCGAUUCCUGUCGGGACUCAAAAUUGGAAACAAUCGGGCUCGAUUUUAACGAGGGGUAUUAACUCGGAUUCAGCUCUGCAUACUUUUGUUGCCAUACCGGACGUAUGAGCUUACAUAUUUUGCAUUAUUAUAACAAUUACUUGAAAUGAUAAUGGUAGACUUUCAACGAUGGAAAAACGAAUGAAUCGUAUAUACAGAAAAAAAUGUCGUUGCAACGGAAGUCUAUCCGUAAAUCAUUCAUUGCAACUGUGAUAUUCGUCAACGGAGAUUUCCAGCGUCAUAUAUGACAAUGAUGGUUUGAAGGAAUUUUUAGUUUCACUAUUAGAAUAGCCUUUUUUGGAGAAAAAAUGAAAGAACUUUGAUUUUAAAGUAUUUUUUUGCUUCAACUGUGUUGAUAGACUUCAUUAAAAUUUGAUAAUUUUGCAUAGUUGGCAUUUGUUUUGAAUGUUUUUUCCAAGGUAUUGAAAAGAAUCAAAGAGUUUUUUUAAAGUUAUGGGCAUCUUUAUUUUCGCUUCUUGAAAAGUGACGAUCAAACUUUUUUAGUUAUAAAUUGAUUUUUGACUUCGUCCACCCAACGGUUAUAUUGUUGGCCGUCAAGUAUUUUUUCAAGUAAGAACGUAAGGGUUUGAAGUAAUUUAAAAGUGGCUGCAUUGUGAUUUCUCGACGAUUUGUCAUAUCAUAGUAUGUAUCACGCCAUGGUUGUGUUGCUCCAACUUCCAUGAGUUUUCUGCAAUAAAAAAAUAUUUAAUUUUAUUUUAAAUGUUGAAGAACGG